UCUUGAUUUGCAGUAAUAAUUGCAGGAUACUAUAACUCUGUUAAUUUACCUUUCGAAUAAGGUAUCACAGUACCUCCUGAAAACGAAUGGAAUUAACCUUAUGUCUAAGGAAAUGGGUGUACACACUUUUAGUUUCACAUUAGGUCGUCAUGCGCAGCAUGUUUGUGUACGGCUACGAUUUCCGAAGUGUGUCCAUGUCCAAGUUUGAUCUCAUUAACUUCUGAGCGUCAUCGAUUGAUAUUCUUCUGCAAUACGAAAAAUAGACACUCUGAUUGAAAAGAACGAAGAUGAAAAUGUCAGAGGACCACGACGCGCACGUUCUCAACAUUACCACAUGUACAGAAAUUAACCUGUCUUUUACGCACAGAUUUUUACCAGCUGUGUUCGUGCUGGUGUUUGUCGUCGGAACAUUUGCAAACUUCUGUGGGUUAAAAACUGUUUUUACACGCUGGAAGAAAAUUGGAAGUAUUAACAUAUUUAUUCUCAACCUUGGAAUAGCGGACUUGCUAUACCUAUUUACAUUACCAUUUUUGGUUGUCUAUUACGCGCUAAACAGUAAAUGGAUAUUUGGACAAACAUUCUGCAAGAUCACCAGAUUCUGUUUCAAUUUGAAUCUCUACGGCAGUAUCGGGUUCCUGACAUGCAUCAGUAUUUAUCGAUACCUUGGUAUUGUGCACCCAAUGAACGUGAUGGGAAGAAUCAACACUCGCCACUCGGUGGCAAUAAGUUUUCUUGUCUGGAUUGUGGUUUUUAUUCAGAUACUUCCCGAUAUGUUCUUUGACAAGACAGCACCAAAUUCCUCAGAUGCGUGCUAUGACUCGACAGCCAACCACCUUAUCAAGGAUUACCUGCCGUAUAGCAUUGGCUGGACUGUUACCGGAUUCGUUAUACCAUUGCUCGUCAUUCUUGCUUGCUAUGGACAUAUAGUAGUGGUCCUUGCCACCAAAGCCAACGUCAAUACUUUAUUGAAACAGAGGUGUCUAAAACUAGUCAUCAUCUUGACUGUGUUAUUCUCAAUUUGCUUUAUCCCUUACCAUGUUUUGAGAAAUCUCAAUUUGAAGAUAAGGAUUUUGAAAAUGGAAGGCACUUGCAAAGCAAGCUUCGAUGACAUCUAUGUUGCUCAUCAAAUCAGCCGCGGCCUGGCUAGCCUGAAUAGCGCAAUCAAUCCGUUGAUUUACUUGAUUGGAAAUGAUGAUUUUCUCAUGCGCUUUCAUAAUGUCACAAAACGAGCCAGGAUGUCUCUUGUUCAUUGGACUGGUGCUGUAAUUUACCGCAAGGCAGAUCCACCAACAGAAGAAUUUCAACCAGAAAACUUUGACCAGCUAGUUAUUUAAACCAAUAUUGUACCAAAGGCCUGUAUGUAAAUAUGUUGUACUCUAUGCUUUAUUCAUCAUUCUCAGAGUAUUUUAUUGUGUUAUGUGAGAGCCUGUGAGUGGCUGAAUGCACUUGUGUAAAGUGAUAUACUGUUCCAUUUAGUCAGUGAUAUGUAGAGCUAUAUCACUGAAAAAAACAAACUCUCAAUAUGCAUUUCUGAUAUUACAUAAGAAUGACAGGUAUUCCAGCAUCCUAUUACCUACCAAUGACUGAAGUAUUCCUCUGUUUUCAAUAAACAAUACAAAUGUGUCAAGCUCAAA